UUGCUAUGAGCCAUUUGUGACUCUGACUUAUGUACUCUGUAUUUGUUGUAAUUUUCUGAUUUAUCAGAGUUUCACUUUGCCAUAUGUAGCCGAGUAAUUUCCAUAUUUUAGUUUCUAUUAUUUAGCGUGUUUGGAGCUGAGUUAGUUGAAGUGGAUAUUUUGUGUGAUGCUUAAUUAGCCAAAGAUUGAGAUCAGAUUUUUGAAACUACUAUUUUGCUCUACCUGAAGAACUAUACAGAUGAGAAAUUAUUGAUUGUAAAAUGAUUUAUGAUUUGGGAAAUUCUAUUGGCAGUUACAAAAUUGAUGAAAGAUUUUAAGAGUAUCUACUCUGACUGGUUUUAUAUUUGAUUUUUAAGGUGUGUGUCUAUAUAUCCAUGAUGGUUGCAAAUCUAUCAGCAAGCUUAGGUUUGUAUCUUUGUUACAGGUUUAUUUCAUCAAAUGGCAGAAAUAGCAGUGAACCUUGUGAUUGACAAGUUGAUCCCUUUACUUAGAGAUGAAGUUAAUCUUCAGAGAGGAGUGCCAAACCAACUUGAGUCAGUGAAAGGCCAAUUACAAAUGAUUCGUGCUUACUUAAAGGAUGCAGAUGCAAAAGCGGAAAUGGGAAAAACCAACCACUCAUUGAAAGAGUGGAUCAUGCAAAUGAGACAAGUUUCAUAUCGUAUUGAAGAUGUGAUUGAUGAGUACUUGUUGCAAGUGCACAAUAAGCUUCAAGACAAUUGUGGGGUUGCUAGUGUCAUAUGUAAAAUUUGUGACUUGCUCAGAUCUGUCAUGUCCCGCCAAAAGAUUGCAUCACAGAUUGAUGAGAUCAGAGAAUCAAUAGAAAGACUCAGCAGAGAAAAGGAAACUUUUGGGUUCAAUCCGUCUGCUCUAGAAUCAAGGAGUGAUAUUACCACGCUGCAUUAUCUUCGACAGGGUGCCCUUUUCAUUGAGGAUGAUCAGCUUGUGGGGAUUGACCAUACCAAGCAUGUAUUAUGUAAUUGGCUGUUAGAAAAAGGUAGUCGCACUGUGAUCUCAGUGGUAGGCGAAGGUGGUCAUGGUAAAACAACUGUUGUGAACAAGGUAUUUAAUCAAAAGAAGGGGGAAGCAUCUUUUAAUUGCUAUGCUUGGAUCACUGUAUCUCGAUUGCUCAAGGGAGAGAAUCUAUUGAAGGAUCUGCUAAAGAGAUUUUAUGAGGAGGCUGGCGACAAAGGAUCAGUCAAUGAAAUUAGUGAAAUGGACAGAAACGCUCUGAUAAUAAACCUAAGAGAAUACUUACAAGGAAAGAGCUAUUUGAUUGUUUUUGAUGAUGUAUGGGAAGAAAGCUUUUGGGGAGAUGUAGAACAUGCAUUACCAAGAGACAAGGGUAUGAUAAUCAUCACCACAAGAGAUAGGAGAGUUGCUGAGUUUUGUGGAGGUCAUGGACCAAUUCAUACCUAUGACACGCAACCACUGAAUCAUGAGGAUGCUUGGAACCUUUUCUGUCUGAAGGCUUUCCGAGAAGAUUGUCCCAAAGAUUUGGAAGGAUUGUCAGAAGAGUUUGUUAAGAAGUGCAAUGGAGUGCCACUUGCAAUUGUGGCUAUUGCUAGUCUCCUCUCAACCAAAAAUAAAAAUGUCUUAGAAUGGAAAAGGGUAUAUGAUAGCCUACGCUCAAAACUUUCAAGUGAUCCCCAUCUUAGCUGCGUCCAUCAGGUUCUGUCUGAAAGUUACCAAGAUCUUAGUUACCACCUCAAGUCAUGCCUCUUAUACUUUGGCCUUUUCCCUGAGGAUUACUCGAUCAGCUGUGUGAGGCUCAUUAAUUUGUGGAUAGCAGAGGGUUUUGUAGAGAACAAAGAGAAUGAUGGUCAAACACUUGAGGAAGUAGCGGAAGAAUACUUAAAUGAGCUUAUUGCUAGGAGCUUGGUUAAAGUGGUUGAAGUGUUCCCGUAUGGCCGGGUUAGACGUUGUAGGGUCCAUGACUUGAUGCAUGAUUUUAUUCUCAGAAAGUGUGAGGAGCUGAACUUUUGUCAAGUGAAGAAAAGUAAGAGACUCGUGUUGCAUGAGUGGACUCGGCGCUUGUCAAUUGACGAAUGUGUUGACGAUGAUCCUGUGAAGAAAAGUGUUGCAAACUAUGGGCUAAUACGGUCUUGUUUUCUUUUUGGGAUUGAUCGAUACACACCAACUUCUGUGUUCGAAUCAUUGUUCUCAAGGUUUAAGCUCUUGGCAAGAUUAGACUGUGAAGAUGCACCUCUUGAUUAUCUUCCUAAAGCAGUUGGAGACUUAUUCCAUUUGAAAUAUUUGAGUUUAAGGUCAACCCGCAUCCGCUCGAUUCCCAAGUUCAUUGGUAAGUUGCAGAAUCUUGAGACCCUGGACUUAAAAUAUACUGGGGUGCGUGAAUUGCCAUGUGAGAUUGAAAGACUUGCUAAGUUGCGUCAUCUUUUGGCAUAUGAAUUUGGUGUCGGUGUGAAAUUGAAGGUAGGAAUUGGACAUUUAAGUUCACUGCAGAAGUUAAGAAUGGUUGAAGCAAGUAAUAAUGGGGAUGUGAUUAUGAAAGAACUAAAGAAUCUGAAGCAGAUAAGGGAUUUGGGCAUCUUUAAUAUAAAUAGAAAAGAUGGGACAUUAUUAUGCAAUGCUAUAGAGUGCAUGACUUGUUUGAGGUCAUUAUCAAUUAAAGCAGCAGAAGAAGAAGUUAUUGAGUUGGAGUCAUUGAGAGUCUCUCCUGAGAGUCUCCAACGCCUUUACUUAGAUGGGCGUUUGGAAAAGUUGCCACAUUGGGUUCACAAACUUAAAAGUCUUGUGAAGCUGCGCUUGGAUGGAUCACAAUUAACAGAAGAUCCACUGCCUCUUAUAAAAGAGUUGUCAGCACUGGUAGAGCUCCAACUUUAUGAAUCAUAUGAAGGCAACGUGUUGUGUUUCAAAGAGGGAUGGUUUAUGAAUCUGAAGGUUUUGAGAGUUGAGCUUUCCACUUUGAUAACAUUAAAAAUAGAAGGAGGAGGAAUGCCUUACCUUCAAUUGUUGCAAAUACAUCGACGCCCUGAAAUGCUGCAGGUGCCAACUCAUGUUCAACCAGUAAUCAAAUACGGACACUAUGACCUGAGUGAGUAAAUUGAUUGUUUGAGCUUAUUUUUAAAUUAAUUGAUAUUUUAAAUUGUAUAUUUAGUUUCUAUAAUUAAUUUUUGUUUAUAAAUUAAUUUUUGUGUUUAAUAAAAAGCUAUAUUUUAAUUUUUACACGUAAGUUUUUUAUACUUCACUUCCAAUCGUUUACGAUUUAAUCUUCAAUGAUAUGUCACUGUUAAAGAUAUAUAUCAUUGCAGAUUUGUUACAUCAAAUGGGCCUAUGGCCCAAAAUGCCUUAUAGACUUGUAUUGAUGAUGGGCCAAUUUAUAGAUUUUGUUCAGAUUAUAUAUUUUUUACAAUAAAAAAAACCAUCUAUAAAAACUUAUCGAUCUAAAAAAGAAUUUCUCUUAAUAAAUGCUAACAUGGU